ACCAACGGUAUUAGUCUACCAUUCUGUGACACGCACAUGGGGCUCAAACUCAGCUCAGUGGAAAUUAAUAAAAGUCCUCAAUGAUCACAUUCGCAUUUACAAAACGGAUAUUUACAAACGUUCUGUCAUACUUUCGCUGCCUGUGUUGGCUAGUCCGUUUUGUUGUACAUUUUCCUCUGUCUUUAUAGCGUUUAUUUAUUCAUCUUUCUAUGCACGGGAUUGUCACUUGAUCUCCGGGAUAAACUGCCUUUUGCACAGCCAGAACCGGACUUUGGGAAACAUUCGUAUAUGUCUAUUUCUUUCAUACAAUUACCGGAUUCUUGUUUUUUUUAAUCUAAACCUCCUGUGGCACAAGGAUGCGUUGAAAUAUAAUAGAUUUUAAUGCAAAGUGGAAUUUGCGCGACUCCGGGUUCCCGGUCGUGUGUUGAUUGUGAGGAAGAUCUCAUAUAGUUUGUGUGAUUUUGCUAAAAUGCAUCACCAACAGCGAAUGGCUGCCAUAGGGACAGACAAAGAACUGAGCGACUUAUUGGAUUUCAGUGCGAUGCGAAACAGCGAUUUGAAAAUGUUCCCAACAUCAAUGAUGUUCUCUCCUCCUGUUAGUGGUAGAAACGGACCAGCCUCCCUGGGAAGUGGACAUUUUGCAGGCUCAAAUAUGGAGGACAGAGCCAGUGCAGGAUCUUGGGGAAGUAGAAGUGCCCCUUCAAAGAGUUAUGCUGACGGCUCCCAGUACGCUCACAUGACUAGCCGGGACAUGGGCUCACACCCGCACGACAACAUCUCUCCUCCGUACGUCAACUCCAGACUAACAGGUAAGAAGAGCCUCUCAAUCUGCUGUGAUAUCACCUGUGUGUUCCCACAGCCUGCGCACAUGUGGGACGAAACAGUCAACACGCUUUACAGUUGUCACAGUGGCGAAAAGGGAAUGAAAGUGGAAAGCACUUGCCAUUCAAACAACACAAACAGGACUCUGUGAGAAGCUAUGACACGAGUGUUUUUCUAAUUGUCAUCUAUUCAGUCUCGUUUCAAGCGUAAGAAAUGACCGAGAUCUGUCUUGUAAACCAACUUUACCCGUGUUCGAAGAAAGACAUUUACAACUCUUGCGGUUUUUCUUUCACCCUAUCUUUUCCUGUAAGUGAACUCACAUGGUCAGUCCAUGCCUGGGGCAUUAGCAUUAAACAGCUAACACACUGUAAAGGGGGCAUUAGCAUUAAACAGCUAACACACUGUAAAGGGGGCAUUAGCAUUAAACAGCUAACACACUGUAAAGGGGGCAUUAGCAUUAAACAGCUAACACACUGUAAAGGAGGCAUUAGCAUUAAACAGCUAACACACUGUAAAGGGGGCAUUAGCAUUAAACAGCUAACACACUGUAAAGGGGGCAUUAGCAUUAAACAGCUAACACACUGUAAAGGGGGCAUUAGCAUUAAACAGCUAACACACUGUAAAGGGGGCAUUAGCAUUACACAGCUAACACACUGUAAAGGGGGCAUUAGCAUUAAACAGCUAACACACUGUAAAGGGGGCAUUAGCAUUAAACAGCUAACACACUGUAAAGGGGGCAUUAGCAUUAAACAGCUAACACACUGUAAAGGGGGCAUUAGCAUUAAACAGCUAACACACUGUAAAGGGGGCAUUAGCAUUAAACAGCUAACACACUGUAAAGGGGGCAUUAGCAUUAAACAGCUAACACACUGUAAAGGGGGCAUUAGCAUUAAACAGCUAACACACUGUAAAGGGGGCAUUAGCAUUAAACAGCUAACACACUGUAAAGGGGGCAUUAGCAUUAAACAGCUAACACACUGUAAAGGGGGCAUUAGCAUUAAACAGCUAACACACUGUAAAGGGGGCAUUAGCAUUAAACAGCUAACACACUGUAAAGGGGGCAUUAGCAUUAAACAGCUAACACACUGUAAAGGGGGCAUUAGCAUUAAACAGCUAACACACUGUAAAGGGGGCAUUAGCAUUAAACAGCUAACACACUGUAAAGGGGGCAUUAGCAUUAAACAGCUAACACACUGUAAAGUGGGCAUUAGCAUUACACAGCUAACACACUGUAAAGGGGGCAUUAGCAUUAAACAGCUAACACACUGUAAAGGGGGCAUUAGCAUUAAACAGCUAACACACUGUAAAGGAGGCAUUAGCAUUAAACAGCUAACACACUGUAAAGGGGGCAUUAGCAUUAAACAGCUAACACACUGUAAAGUGGGCAUUAGCAUUAAACAGCUAACACACUGUAAAGGGGGCAUUAGCUAAAUAGCUAACACAUUGUAAAGAGGGCAUCAGCUAAACAGCUAACACACUGUAAAAGGGGCAUUAGCAUUAAACAGCUAACACACUGUAAAGGGGGCAUUAGCAUUAAACAGCUAACACACUGUAAAGGGGGCAUUAGCAUUAAACAGCUAACACACUGUAAAGGGGGCAUUAGCAUUACACAGCUAACACACUGUAAAGGGGGCAUUAGUAUUACACAGCUAACACACUGUAAAGGGGGCAUUAGCAUUACACAGCUAACACACUGUAAAGGGGGCAUUAGUAUUACACAGCUAACACACUGUAAAGGGGGCAUUAGCAUUAAACAGCUAACACACUGUAAAGGGGCAUUAGCUAAAUAGCUAACACAUUGUAAAGAGGGCAUCAGCUAAACAGCUAACACACUGUAAAAGGGGCAUUACCAUUAAACAGCUAACACACUGUAAAGGGGGAUUUAGCAUUAAACAGCUAACACACUGUAAAGGGGGCAUUAGCAUUAAACAGCUAACACACUGUAAAGGGGGCAUUAGCAUUAAACAGCUAACACACUGUAAAGGGGGCAUUAGCAUUAAACAGCUAACACACUGUAAAGGGGGCAUUAGCAUUAAACAGCUAACACACUGUAAAGGGGGCAUUAGCAUUAAACAGCUAACACACUGUAAAGGGGGCAUUAGCAUUAAACAGCUAACACACUGUAAAGGGGGCAUUAGCUAAAUAGCUAACACACUGUAAAGGGGGCAUUAGCAUUAAACAGCUAACACACUGUAAAGGGGGCAUUAGCAUUAAACAGCUAACACACUGUAAAGGGGGCAUUAGCAUUAAACAGCUAACACACUGUGAAGGGGGCAUUAGCUAAAUGUACAGCAGUCAACACAUUGUAAACAUCAGGUCACAUAGCAUGUAAUUUCUCAGCCCCUAUCUUUUCCCCAACAUUGGCAUCUGACUGGUGGUGCUGAGGAGCAUUUCUGUCUGUAAUAAAGCUAUAUAGUGGGGAAAAACAAAUUCUGAUUGGCUGGGACUGGCUCCCAGUUGGUGGGCCUAUGCCCUCCCAAGGCCUACCCAUGUCUGAGCCCCUGCCCAGUCAUGUGAAAUCCAUAGAUUAGGGCCUAAUGAAUUUAUUUCAAUUGACUGAUUUCCUCAUAUGAACUGUAACUCAGUAACAUUUUAGAAUUAGUUGCAUGUUGCGUUUAUAUUUUUGUUCAGUGUAUUUCCUCGCCGUCAAAAUGAGCAAAAAAUAAUCAUUGUUAUUUAAAUUUUCGAUGCUCCCAACUGUUUAGCUUUCAUUUCUGUGACUAUUUGUGAAUUUUGUAGGAGAAUGUGUUUUUAAGGAGUCCCCAGAAGUGACCUUCUCACAGUCGUGACCUUCUCACAGUCGUGACUUUCUCACAGUCGUGACCUUCUCACAGUCGUGACUUUCUCACAGUCGUGACUUUCUCACAAUCGUGAUCUUCUCACAUUCGUGAUCUUCUCACAGUCGUGACUUUCUCACAAUCGUGAUCUUCUCACAGUUGUGACCUUCUCACAGUCGUGACCUUCUCACAGUCGUGAUUUUCUCACAGUUGUUCCACAAAAAACAAAUCUGCAGCAGAUUUUAGUUGUGGGCAAAUGGCCUCUGACACAGAUUGACAUUUUCAGAUUUGAGUCAUUUUGCAGGAAUCUUAUCCAGAGUGACUUAUGGUAGUGAGUGAGUGCACUUUCUUAUUGGUCUCCUGUGAGUUAAACCCACUACCCUGGUGUUGACAAGCCCUGCUCACAGGACCAUAAUAACAGAGUAGCUUUGACAUGAAGGACAGAGAAAUAUUUAAUAUGUAAGCUUUGAGCUGAGUGUGUGUGUGGUGUGUGUGUGUGUGUGUGUG